AGUUGACGGACUUGUAGCAGGUCGUUCAAGUGCCUGCGUAAAGCAAGUGUCAAACAACAAAAGUGAUUGCAAUCAGCUAUUAAACAGGAAAGAAGAAGAAAAAAAUAUAUAUAUAUAUUACACAGAUACCAAGCUAUGUGGGUUGAGGAGUAUUGUGUUUCCAAGAUGUUUAGAAGGUGUAGCUUGAUUAUCUCUUACUACUAGUCAGAUGAAGGCUACGAUGUCAGGGAAGCCGGGAAAUUCGACAGGAUCUGAUCGUUUUGAAUACUUACAGUCACUCGUUACCGAAUUUCAGGACACAGACAGCGAAGAGGCCAAAGAGCAAGUACUGGCCAAUUUGGCCAAUUUUGCAUAUGACCCCAGAAACAUGGUGGACCUACGAACGCUUCAGGUGAUGGACCUCUUCUUGGACAUGCUCACAGAAGAUAAUGAGAACUUUGUAGAAUUUGGGAUGGGAGGGCUGUGUAACUUGAGUAUGGACCCUGAGUGCCGAGACCAUAUCCUGCAGAGUGAUGGCAUCGCCUUGGUAACCAGCUGCCUGUCAAGCCGGCGAGAGGAGACGGUACUGUCAGCCAUCUCCACACUCAUGAAUCUCACCACGGCAGCCUCCCGCUCUCUCACUACAGACACCACGGUGGUGCAGUGCAUGCUGCGCUUCUCCCUCUCCCAGAGCCCCCGCUUGCGCAACCUGGCCUCUGUGUUUGUUCAGGACUACUGCACGGAGCAGCAGGUGGCCAGGGCAGAGGAGCGAUUGCAGGGCCACCAUCAGACCAUUCUGGGGAUCCCUCUGCCCAAGGAUUAGUAUGGACAUAGAGGACCGCAGGUGCCUCUGGUCCUUUUAGACUGGAUAUCUGAUGGACUGAUUAAUCUAUACUCUCUGAGAGUGACCGGACUCAGGCAGGAUCGCACUGCCUGGGACUGCAUAAGGAUGGUUUGACAGAAAACGGUUUGACACAUUGUCAGAUUUUAUUGUCUUGGCUGAACAUGUUGUCCUUAGUAGUUACUGUCCUUGAACAAGGUCUACAUGCUACAACAUGUCACUGCCACAUGAGGGAGAUGAUGCCCCUUCUUUGGUCAGCAAUGACAGGUUGAUGGAUGACUGCUGUGUAUAAUGCCUGCUAUGCAUUUGGCUACUAUCAAAUCUAGUUUUAAAGGCGAGCACUACCAGUGGUUGAAUGUAUCUAUUUGAUAAUAGACAUGGUUAUAAACUCUCAAUACAUUUAGUAAGCAAAUGUCCCUCGUGAAAUAUGUGAAUUGUAAUUUUAUUUCCCUUUUUAUACAUUCAAUAAACAAUCAUCCUUA